AUGUAUGUGAAAUGGUUUGAUACAGUAAUGUUUUCCUAUGUGAUAUUAGUGAAUGUAACUUUUUGUCAUUUUCAAAUUUCCCGCCGUUCUGUCCCCCGUACGUCCCGACGCUCGCAGGGGACGGAACCCAGAAGACAGAUGCCGACAUCCGCCGGAUUACAUUGCCGGGGACACUGCAGGAGGGACAUCGCGGGAGCGCAGGACAAGGUAAGUGACCGAGGGAUCACGGAGCAGCGCCGCAUGGUAUUCUCGAGUAUAGCUCGAGGUUACCGCUUGUGCUACACUCGGGAAUACCGCCAGGGAGGU